GAGCUCUCGAAGCUAAUCUGGGACGAUCGCAAUCGCGAAGCUGUCGCAACGUAUCUUAAUGAAUUCCAUUCCUUUUUGGCACAUUAAAAGGAAUAUUCGCCAUGUUGAUUUCACUCACCGUGGGUAAAGUCGAUGCCGGAGUGGCCGUCUUAUUAACUCAAGAUAAACGACUCAUUGAAUUUCCAUCUAUUCUCCUUCCACCCAACAUCACAUCCGGUAGCAUAGUCGAUAUCACUGUUGCACGAAACCUCGUCUCGGAAGAAAAAUCACAAAAAUCAUUCGUCGCGCUCCAAGAUUCUAUCUUCAAUUCAUUUGGUGCAUCGGAACCGUCUGCACCAGUUCUUCGCUGUCGCAAUGCGACUCAGACUUCUGUCGUUUUAGAAUGGGAUCAUAUUGAGUUAGCAACCGCAGAUGUUAUCUCACUCUCCCUCUUCCGCAAUGGACAAAAGGCUGGUAAUAUCCCAAGGCCGAGUCAAAUGCUGAGCACAAAGAUCAGUGGAUUGGCUGUUGAUACAGAAUACACAUUUCAUCUGGUAUUGAGAACAAGUGCCGGAACUUUUAGUAGUGAGAAGGUGGUUGUAAAGACGCAUAAAAUGACGGAUCUAAGUGGUAUUACUGUUACGCCUGGUAUUCUGCCCGCUUCAUUGAGAGAUAGUCUUGUCAAGGCAGUUGAGAGGAUCGGGGCGAAGAUGGCAGAUACUGUGAGAAUCGACACAACACACUUUGUCACAACAGAAGGUAGAGGUAUAGCUUGGGAGAAAGCCGUCGAGAUGAAUAUUCCAGUUGUAAGGCCGGAAUGGGUUGAGGGCUGUGAGAGGGGUGGAAGAAUCGUGGGUGUUAGGCAAUAUUAUCUUGAUGCGGAUCCAAAACAGAGACAAAUAGUUUCGAACGCACCUCCUGCUCAACCAGCACAAGCUGAACCACCCAGAGAACAAGUCACCACUCCAACUACUUCACCACCACCCACGAACACAAACGGUACGAAUGGUCAAACUGUCCCUCCUACUCCACCCGCAAAAGAUACACCCAAACCGGAUAAGGAGGAGAGAGAGAAGGAACCAGAAGAGGGUGAUUCUAGUAGCGACUCGGGAGAAGUGCAAGAAAAGCAAGAUACAGAAAAGACAGCAGUGUCUGAAGAGCAGAAGUCUAGAGCUUCAGAUGUAGAACAACAGAAACUUGCUCUCCGACCUGCAGCACCAUUCGGAGUAUCAGCAGAUGAUUUGACCAAGUCGGGCGAGGAAAACACAUCCGGGAAUCAGACACCAGGAAAUGCUAGCUUUCAAGAUGUCGCUUUGUGA